GGGAUGCGCUUCCCGGAACAGCCCGCGGAGGGCAGCGGCGAGAACCCACCCGCGGCCGCAGCUCCCGCGCGCACACGCCGGGGGGCGCGAUGGCCACGCGCGCCUGACAGGUGCGGAGCAUGUACGGCAGGGCGGGCAAGGGCUGCGCGCCCUCGGACGGCCAGGCGCGCGAGAAGCUCGCACUGUAUGUGUAUGAGUACCUGCUGCACGUGGGUGCACAGAAGUCCGCACAGACCUUCCUGUCUGAGAUCCGCUGGGAGAAGAACAUCACGCUGGGAGAGCCCCCUGGUUUUCUGCAUUCCUGGUGGUGCGUCUUCUGGGAUCUCUACUGUGCAGCACCAGACCGGAGAGAGGCCUACGAACACUCCAGUGAGGCCAAAGUCUUCCAGGACUAUAGCGCAGCAGCAACCCCCAGCCCUGUGAUGGGGGGCAUGACCCCUAAUGACGCAAUGGCCACAGGCCCCAUGGCACCCGGAUUUUUCCAGCCCUUCAUGUCACCGAGGUUCCCAGGGGGCACCCGGCUCACCCUAAGGAUGCCAGGCCAGCCUUCUGUGGGCCUUCCUGGCUCCCAGCCGCUGCUCCCUGGUGCCAUGGACCCCUCCCCACGUGUGCAGGGGCACCCCAGCUUGGGAGGCCCGAUGCAGAGGGUGACGCCUCCUCGGGGCAUGCCCAGCGUUGGGCCCCAGGGCUAUGGAGCGGGUAUGCGGCCCCCACCCAACUCUCUUGCCACCAGCCUGCCACCCAUGAACAUGGGCCCGGGCGUGCGCAGCCCCUGGACCAGCCCUGGUGGCAAUUCGAUCCCCUAUUCCUCCUCAUCUCCUGGAAGCUACACGGGACCCCCAGGAGGAGGCGGUCCCCCUGGAACGCCCAUUAUGCCCAGUCCUGGAGACUCCACCAAUUCCAGCGAGACCAUGUUCACCAUCAUGCACCCCAUCGGGCCGGGCGCGGGCAGAGCUAACUUCCCACUCGGCCCCGGCCCGGAGGGCCCAAUGGCCGCCAUGAGCGCGAUGGAGCCACACCACGUGAACGGAUCCCUGGGCUCGGGCGACAUGGAUGGGCUGCCAAAGAGCUCCCCUGGCACCGUGGGCGGCCUGAGCAACGCCCCGGGGACCCCGCGCGAUGAUGGCGAGAUGGCGGCGGCUGCCGGGACCUUCCUGCACCCGUUCCCCAGUGAAAGUGUAAGCGCCUGCGUUGACUCCCCACCCAAGGCCACGGCGGGCCGGAGGGGCCUGGCGGGCAGACCCCGGCGGGGCGGCCGCGGGGCCAGAGCAAGACCGUGACCGCGGCGGGCCAGGUGGGGGGGCGGCCGCGGCACCUUCCCCUCCUCCCAUGCCCAAUCAUCCCCUCCCGUGUCCCCGGUGUCCCCGGGAGGGCGGGCCCCAGCCUCGGCCGGAGCUGAGCCUGGCCCGCGCGCCGCCCUCUCUCCGCAGUACUCCCCUGGUAUGACCAUGAGCGUGUGACCGCCCGGCCUGCGCUCAGUGUCCUGCUGGCGAGGCCCUGGGUCGUGCCCCUGCUACCCGGACUCCUGGGCAGCCCAGCCUGGACAGCCGGUGGGGCCCGCACCAAGGACUCUCAUUUUCAUUUUCUAAAACAAAACCAAACAAAGGACCUCAGAAAUGUUCUUUGCAUGCAGCCCUUCUGCCUGUGUGCUGUGACAGGCUCCCCUGGGCGCUGCCAAUAAACACCAUUUUUUGGUA